UCAAUACAGCGAAGUUCUCGCAUUGUGCUGUUUAUUUUGGAAAAAAGCUGCUUAUACAGAUAAAUAAAAUUGUUGCAUACUUUAGAGGAUGCAAUGAAUCCAGUGCCAAAUCGUGAUUUUAUGGAGGUGCACCCGCUGCAUCAGCACCAGCCGCAUUGCAAGCAGCAAUGCUUUGUGUUCACUGAGAUCGCGGACAUUGAGCUGCCAGCGGAGAUAACUAAGUUCGGUGGGGGCAAUGAGAAGCUGCAUUGCGCCAAUGGCGGCAUCCCGAGCUACAAUUGCAAGAAGGACUCCUGCAGUGAGUCGUCCGCCGAGCGACCGGGUAGUGCGCGGGGUCGAAAGAUUUUGGUAGGCGUUUGCGUGGUUCUAGUGUGCAUUGCCAUGGCUGGUGGCAUUCCAUUGGCACUUCAGUUGCGCUCCUCGUCGCUGCUGGAGGCACGUUUGGCAUUCAUUCGACGGCUUCUGACGGAAUCACCUCUGAUUGAGGGCGCCUGGAAGCCGCCAAGUGAUGUGAAGCUAAACAGCAGCGGCAUGACCGAUAUAAGGCAAAAUCAUAUUGGUGCCGUGUUGUGGCCCAUUGCAGUGCACUGCGGCGCCCAGUACCUGGAUGCAGUGCAGCUGGUGCUGGAGGGCAUCGAUGAGGCGAAACGCAUCACGGCUGCCACCAACUCCAUGCACAUUGUGGAGUCUGCCGAUGAGAUGGAACAGACACAUAUCAGAGGCGAGGUGGCUGUGCUUAUGGGCAUCGGCGGCGGCCACGCCCUGGGCACCAGCCUGGCCGUUCUGCGUUCGCUCUACCUGCUGGGCGCACGAUUCGUUUCAAUUACCAGCUUGGAGUGCACCACGCCUUGGGCUUCAGCUGCCAUCAGGAGAAGGGACUAUCUAAUCGAAGAGAAUGCGACCAAUUCGCUUAAUGAAUUCGGCAAGACAAUGCUAUUCGAAAUGAAUCGCCUGGGCAUGUUGGUGGAGAUAUCGCAGCUGAGUGAGACGGCAAUGAUAAUAGCCCUGCGCACCGCCAAGGCACCUGUUCUUCUGAUGAAUGCUGCUCCGCUUUCCAUGUGUAAUGGCACCAACGUGGCUUCUAUACCGGACCAUGUGCUCAGUUUGCUGCCCGAAAAUGGUGGAGUUAUUCUACUGAAUUUGGAGCGCUGUGGAGAUCGACCAAUUAAUGUGAGGGAGGCAAUAAUUGCCAUUAACUAUGUACGAAAGGUGGCUGGUGUGGAUCACAUUGGCCUGGGUGGUGCUCCCAAGAGUUAUGCUCUAUUGCUGGCAGAGCUGGCUCGAGAUCGAGUCUGGGGCAAUGCGGCGAUCAAGAAACUGGUUGGCGGAAAUGUAAUGAGAAUUCUGCGCGAAAUUGAAGCGCUCAAAAAUCGUUUGCCCCUAUACGAGGAAUGGAUACCCCACGAGUCGAUCGAAAGCAAUUCAUAUUGCCGCUAUCCAGAGACAUAAGUAUCUAAUUGAUAUGUUUCUUGUUUUUUGAUUUUAUAUUUUAU